CACGAAAUCCCGCAUAUUACUUUAUUCAUCUAUAAUACUCCAACACAUUUCUAUCGCAUCAUCAUCAUCAUUUACUAACUCUACUACUAGUUGAACUAGCUACACUCAUCAUUCCAUAUCAUAACCGCCGCCAUGGCAGACUCCGGCAACAUUCCCGGCGGCGGUGCCGACGUGGCAGUCGGAGUCCAGAUCCACCACUCCUCCUCCAGGCUCCUCCCUGAUUUCCUCCAGACCGUCAAUCUCAAGUACGUGAAGCUCGGCUACCAUUACCUAAUCUCCAAUCUCUUCACUCUCUUUCUCGUCCCAUUCAUAAUCAUCACUCUCGUUCAAGCCUCACAGACGAGCUCUCACGACAUUCACCAUCUCUGGCUCCACCUCAAGUACAAUCUCGUCUUCGUCAUUCUUUUCUUCGCUGCUUCGGUGUUCGCUCUCACCAUGUUUAUCAUGACCCGGCCCAGGCCCGUUUACUUGAUUGAUUACUCGUGUUACAGGCCGCCUGAUGAGCUGAAAGCUCCGGCUGAUCAGUUUAUGCGGCAUUCCAGGUUGACUGGCGACUUUGAUGAGUCAGCGCUGGAGUUCCAGAGGAAGAUUCUGGAAAGGUCGGGGCUCGGGGAGGAGACGUAUGUGCCGGAGGCGAUGCAUUCGAUUCCUCCCAGGCCGUCGAUGGCGGCGGCCAGGGAGGAAGCGGAGAAUGUUAUGUACGGGGCGCUAGAUAGCUUGUUUAGGAAUACUGGUGUUAAGGCUAAGGAUAUUGGGAUUCUGGUGGUGAAUUGUAGCUUGUUUAACCCGACGCCUUCGUUGUCGGCGAUGAUUGUGAAUAAGUAUAAGCUGAGGGGGAAUGUGAGGAGUUUUAAUUUGGGGGGAAUGGGGUGCAGUGCGGGGGUGAUUGCGGUUGAUCUUGCUAAGGAUAUGUUGUUGGUUCAUAGGAAUACUUAUGCGGUGGUGGUGAGCACGGAGAAUAUAACGCAGAAUUGGUAUUUUGGGAAUAAGAAGGCGAUGUUGAUUCCGAAUUGUUUGUUUAGGGUUGGGGGUUCCGCGGUUUUGUUGUCUAACAAGACGGGGGAUAGGAGGAGGGCUAAGUAUAAGCUUGUUCAUGUGGUGAGGACUCAUUGUGGGGCGGAUGAUAAGGCGUUUCAGUGUGUUUAUCAGGAGCAGGAUGAUGUGGGGAAGACUGGUGUGUCGUUGUCCAAGGAUCUUAUGGCGAUUGCAGGCGGGGCUCUGAAGACGAAUAUUACUACUUUGGGGCCUCUGGUGCUUCCGAUCAGUGAGCAGCUUUUGUUUUUUGCUACUUUGUUGGUGAAGAAAUCUUUCAAUCCUCGUGUAAAGCCUUAUAUCCCGGAUUUCAAGCUGGCUUUUGAUCAUUUCUGUAUACAUGCUGGAGGAAGGGCUGUGAUUGAUGAACUUGAAAAGAAUCUGCAGUUGCUGCCAGUUCAUGUGGAGGCUUCUAGGAUGGCUCUACAUCGGUUUGGGAACACUUCAUCAAGCUCCAUCUGGUACGAAUUAGCCUAUACCGAGGCCAAGGGAAGAAUGCACAAGGGUCACCGAGUCUGGCAGAUUGCCUUUGGGAGUGGAUUUAAAUGCAACAGUGCAGUAUGGCAGGCACUCCGGAAUGUGAAAGUGUCUUCUAAUGGUCCCUGGGAGGACUGCAUCGACAAGUAUCCCGUGAAGGUAGUCUCGUAGUACAAAGAUCAGUGAGAACGAUAUUGCUCAUUCGCUAGCCUGUUAUAUUUAUCAUGUUUUUAUUCGUUAGCCUAGGUUUAUUUUGAUAAGUUGGGCAAAAUUAGUGAGUCUGCUAUAGUCAUUGUUGUUUUGCCGUGUCUGUGAUUUUACUUGCUACAUUGUGCUGUACUAUUAAGUUAUAAUGCAGUACUCUAAUUGGAGUACUGCCAAAUGACCAUGGCCUGUUCUUGAUUGUGUUA